UCUCUCUCUCUGCGGACGCGAAGGGAACGUUAAGCAGAUAAGGUUGCGAGACAAUGCUGGCGGACGCGUCUGCAAACGAGGCGAAAGACGAGCUAUGGGCUAUAUACGCUUGGUGGUCGUGCGUGCUCGUAUUGAAGAUGAUGUCGCUGACCUGGUUCACCGGGCUGAUUCGAGUAAAGAAACAGGUGAUUCAUAGCGAGGAAGACAGAAUGUGGAUGCUCAAACCGGACAUAAUCUUAUGCCCAACCGGCGAUGGCCAUCCUGACGUGAUUCGUAUCCGAAGUGCUCACAGAAAAGAUCUCGAGACCGUUUUACUUUUUCUAGUUUUCUCGCCACUCUGGCUGAACGUCGAAACGUGUAGAUCUACAGUGAAGAUCUUAAUACCGAGCUUCUCGCUAAGUAGUAUACUUUAUACCAUACUACAUAUGAAUCUUAUACAAAUGUCCUCCUUUUACAAAGAUGCCUUUUCUAUAAUUCUAUGUCUUAUAUUGACUUAUAUAUGCGCGAUCGCUAUCGUGAGGUGUAUAUUUAUUAUUGCGUUAUAUAAUUUUUAAUUAAGAGCACUCAUGCGAAGAAAAAAAUAUGCGACAGUAAUGUGUUGCAUCAAAUGCGCGAUAUAUAUAUAUAUAUACUUUUCUCAUAUAUUCCACAUAUAUAUCAUACUUAGCCUGUUAAGAAAUUUCUCUCACGUCUUUGUGUAUUCUUUAAACGCGCAUGUAUUCUUUAAUAAAUCUUUUUCUUUUUUUAUGAAAAAAGAUGAUUUUGUAAUCGACUAAAUCACUACCGUAUAUAUUAGAAUAAA